GCUGAGCAGGAGCCAAAUGUACGUGUGUUGAUUUCCGUGACAUAUGCAUAAAUUUCUUUUCGCAUCGAUAUAUAUAUAUCAGGACCACUUUCUUUCUCCCAUCGAGUUCGCGAGGAGGAAGAACCCUAACCCUAGACUGCGAUUCGGCGGGCGGAGAUGAGAAGGCCCACCAUAGAAGAGAAACUGGCGACCUACUCCAUGUUCCAGGUUCGUCAGGGAUCCACCGUCCCGAUCACCGCGCGGGAAUGGCUGGACUCUCUGCCGCCGCCGCCGCCGCCGUCGCCGUCGCAAUCGGGGGCCAAUUCCUCCACCUUCCUGCCGGCGGCGGCGGGGUCUGCAUGCGAGGCCCCGGCGAGGAAGAAGAGGACGCCAGGGAGGUGGAGGAGGAUCCCUCGCACGCUACCCCAUCCUUGCCUGAGAAAGAGGCCCAUGACAUGGGAGGAGCUUCUCGCGGACAGCUUGGACAUGAGCGAUAAGGCUCACUGCUUCAGGGAGGAGGAUAAGCCCGCUUUCCGCGAGUCCAAGGCGCAGAUGGCCAGGUUCUAUCAGAGGAUGAUCGACAUCGAGAAGAACAAAAUCGAACAAAUCUUCCGACCCCGCGUCCUCUCCGAUACACCUGAGCAACAUUUGACCGCAGAAGAGAUGGAGGCAGAGCUCGCUGGCAAGAAAGUUUGUCCCCAAGCUCAUCGCUUCGCCAAUUUAGCAAUUAACCAUUACAACAAUAUUGAGAAGAACAUUGUUAAGAUUGAGCUUUGUACUGUUCUUUUAUCAAACUGUUUUCAUGAGGUCUGUGGGUCCACAUACGCCCAUGUCAACUUUACUGCCAGGGCUCAGAAUGAUGAUCAGGCUAAGAAGAGCCUGUACUUUGCAGAGCUCAAAUUGAAUCCGGAUCUUCUGGCAAAGAGGAUGGAACGCUUUGCAGAGUUGAGCCUUGAUCCUAAUAUUGUUGGAUGUGCUGAUGAUAUCGAGCCCAUGUGUGUCGUCUCUAUCCACAACCUCCAGGGUUCUUGUUUUGGUGGAUGCCAUGAGAUCAACAGGAGAAUUGAUUAUGUAAUGACGAGGAAUCAGGACUAUGAGCGUUGUCACUCAUGUAGUGACCGUAUCAAGCAUCCAUAUGGGACAGAAUUUGUUGCAGGGCAUGAUAGUUCCAAGAUUCCGUAUUACACUGCAGGCUGAUGUAAUAAGAGCAUAUUCAUUGUUGGUUUUUAGAGGGGAUCCUAGAGGAGAGAGAAGUCAUAGUGCUAACGGUAUACAUUGUGGCUAUUUUUCUAGCAGAAGGUCUCAUCUAAAGACCAUGUAAUUAAACUUUUUGAAAUAGGAUAGUGCUAUCUAUCUAAUCCACGACUAAAUUUUCCAUUUUCAGGUUAA